CUCUUGAGAAACCCAAGCAACAAGGGAUAAGAAUCUCUCCGUGCAUUUCUAUAAUGACUUGGCAGAAGCUGUGGGACGGAGGAAAGAAUUGGACUCACUCUAAUCAUAGGUCUGCUAUUUUUCAGUCAUUUAUUAGUAACUUCUUUUCUUAAGAGCCUUGAAGAGCCUCCAUUUUCUUAACUGUAAAAGGCAAUCGUUUUAUCUCAUAGGAACAAGGUAGAGGAUACAUGACAUACAGUUAAAAUCUGCCAUAAUAUAUAAAUGAAUCUGCAUGGUCUUGUUAUUUUGAAAUUAAUGAAAUGGGGAACACAUGCAGCUGGCUGCCUGGGAAUUCCAGGCAUCUGUGAGCCCAUUGCCAACAGUUGUUUCCACAAUUUUGUUAUUGUCUCAGAGUGGGUUGCGCAGGAAUCUAUGCAAUGUUAGUAAAAGUGUUUUGUGAAUUGCAAAGUGCCAAAUAAAUUUAUGGUGUCAUUACUAUUAUUAUUAUUAUAUGGUUAAAAAUAGAUGCUAUUAAUAAAUAAGAGACAUCUAUUAAUAGUGACUAUCAGCUUUUGCCUUUUAAAUUUAGAUAGACUUACUAGAAGCAUAGCUUAACUGACAUGGAUAUAAGAAGAUCUCCAGUAACGUCAAAAUAUCUUCUAAAACCUUGGAAGAUGCUAAUGCUUCAUAGUGUAACCGAGCAGGACCCUAUGGGGCCUUCCUGGGACAGAUCCCGCCCCCAUACCCUCUGCUUCGGCUCCGCUCUGAAGUACCUAGAUAAUAGUAUCUGAGGCACAUUUCCUGAGUUGUUUUACAGAUGCUAAAACCACCACCAAGUGAAAGAAAUUAACUACUUGAUGACCGUGAGCACGUAGCCCCCAAACCUACUGGCGCCUAAGGAUUGAUGUUAUUAACCCUUGUGACACCGCCUGUUACCUCACCAUCAACCAAUCAGAGAACUGUGCUGAUCAGCUGAUCGCUUACCCUGGGACGCUCCUCCCACACCUUGCCUUUAAAAGUGCUUUGCUGAAAGCUACGGGGGAGCUCGGGCUUUUUGAGCGCUGGCUGUCCUGGACUCGUCGUCUGGCACCUUACAGUAAACGCUGCACUUUCCUUCACGACAACCCGGUGCCAGUACGUUGUUUUUACUGCACACAAGCAAGUGGACCCGAGUUUGGUUCAAUAACAAUAGUGAAGAUGUCCUCCUCACCAGGUAGUAGAAGAUGACCAAGAAAAGAAGGAAUAAUGGUCGUGCCAAAAAGGGCCGCGGCCACAUGCAGCCUAUUCGCUGUACCAACUGUGCCCGAUGCGUGCCCAAGGAUAAGACCAUUAAGAAGUUCAUCAUUCGUAACAUCGUAGAGGCCGCAGACGUCAGGGACAUUUCCGAAGUGAGUGUUUUCGACGCCUAUGUGCUUCCCAAGCUGUAUGUGAAACUGCAUUACUGCAUCAGUUGUGCCAUUCACAGCAAGGUAGCCAGGAAUCGUUCUCGGGAAGCCCCGAAGGACCAAACACCUCCACCCCAAUUUAGACCUGCUGUUGCUGCCCCACGACCUCCACCAAGGCCCAUGCAAGGAGCUAAGUCCUUAAAGACUAAAGAAAUACUGUUCCCUGGAAAGACAAUAAAGUGGAAAUUAUACUUAAAAAAAAGAAACCCACUAUAA